GUCCAUACCUAUCUGUAUGCACGCAAGGCUACGCGACCUCCAUCACAUCGACAACAAUACCUAAAUGCCAUAGACAUGACCAGCGCAUGUCACAUCCUCCCCCGUCGACCCUAUGCGCCGAACCGCGAAAGCUGAUGAAGAGCUCGGGAAACGCGACGAUGACCUCCACUUCCGCCCGCGACGGUCGCACUCGCACUCGACAUCGAUGACCGCGUCCUUCCCGUUCAAAUGGCGCCGACGACGGGUGCUGGCCGUGCUGGCACUGCUGUUCCUGCUCUAUGUCUUGCAUCUGUAUGUUCCUGGUGAACUAGCUACACAGACGGACGCUUUCCGACCGAAGCCACCGCGUACGUUCCAGGGCUACGAUGCGGCGACAGCAAAAGAGCCCAAGGGAGCGCCGCCACGAGAUCCAGAGGCUGAGGAGCAGGUCGAGGAGGAAAUGCAGCAUUACUACAAUGGCGUGACCAGGUUCUACAAGCUCGGGAGCACCCUUCAGAAGGCCUCGCACACCAUGGGAGCCUAUCAAGUGAAUCGUAACGUGCUGUUUGCCGCAGCAUCACUGAAGAGUGUUGCCAAUCUAGUUCCUCUGGCGUGCGAGAUGGCCAAGAAUGACAAGAGCUUUGCGCAUUUUGCCGUGUUUGGGAGAAGCUCGCUAUCGAUCGAGGAAAUUCAAGAGCUGAAUGGCAUUGACAAGAGCUGUACCGUCUACUGGCACGAUGCGCGCGGAGACUAUGCCGAGUACAGCAGUGACGCGCGAGUGGAAUCGGCCGUCAGAGGAGCCAUGAAGCACAUCCAGGAGUACAUACAUCCCCAGGCCAUGAUCGUGGACGACAGCUCCAAGGAAGAGGCUUACUUCACGAAGGCAAUGCGCGCCAAGGCCAGAGACAUGGACAAGGCGCUGAUAGAGAUCCCACGAGGAAAGUACGAAGAGUUUCUGUGGAUCACCAAACUAGACUCUGGCAGCCUGGCACAGUGGUUUAAGCCAACGAUUGACAUUGUCAUCCAAGCGCCACGCGGAAGCUCCGGUCGUCUGAUUCGUUUACUGCAAAGCUUGUACAAUGCAGACUACUCAGGCUUGAAAGUGCCGAGACUCAACAUUGAGUUGCCUCCAGACGUCGAACCCGCACUACAGAGAUACUUGAGCGAGUUCUCAUGGCCGCCAAGAAAGGAUUCACCACUACAACCGAAUUUGCUCACAGUACACCAUCGCAUUCCAUCUGAACGUAUGAGUUCCGAGCAAGCCUCGCUGCGCUUCGUCGAGUCCUUUUAUCCGACCCAAGCCAAUGACCACCAUGUCUUACUUCUUUCGCCCCAGGUGGAUGUCAGUGCAAUGUACUACCAGUAUCUGCAGUAUAACAUGCUUAAUUACAGAUACUCCGCCCACAGUCUCCUAGAGUCUAACAAGCUGCUUGGCAUUUCGCUAGACGUGCCAUUAACGACCUUGAAUGGAGCAAACAAGUUCGUGCCACCAAAGGUCACGGACAUGAUACUUGGGAGGGUCAUGAACGAGAACGAAGCAAGUCCGGAUGAUCCAUAUCCAUUCUUGUAUCAGGCACCUUCGGCGAAGGCAACGUUAGUCCUUGGAAACAAGUGGGCAGAGUUCCACGAUUUUCUCACGAACCGUCUGCAAGCGUCGCACUCUGGAGUGUCGAAGAAGAGUUCCAAAUUAGUAUCUGAGACGGAGCCAGCGUGGCUAGAGUACUUACUUGAGCUCAUGAGUGCUCGAGAUCUGUUCGUGAUACACCCAGCUACGCCAUUCGUUACAAUUCACAACGAGUUGGCACAGAUUCCAGAAGAGUAUCUGAAGCCAGUAAAUAUCGCGAAGUCGUCGGCACAAGAUGCAGCGCACUCUGAUGAAGAGCCGUUCAUUCUGUCCACAGAAGCUCCAGUCUUGAUCGAGCACAUCGAAGCUGAUCCGGAUCGGAAUCGUGGGUCGCUACACAAGAUGCUGCCGCUUAACGGAGUGUUGCCCGACAUCUCACAGCUGCCCUACGUCGGAUUCGAUGGUAAGAUCACACCGUCGUCCGACUUGGACGAACUUAGAGACGACUAUGUCAAAUAUUUCCGCAAAGCCAUAGCAGGCUGCACAGGCGACGCAGCGACACGUGAACGCCAAGUCGUGCCUUUGAAGACGGAGGAUCUGUUUUGUUUUCCCGGGCAGGUUCUCAAAUACGCGGACGAAAUCUCAGACUUCAAUGAGGCCAAAAAUAUUGCUUUGGUUCUCGCUGGGAUGGCUGAUGGCGCCGCCGACGACGACGAGGCAAUCCCUGCCAAGAUUGGUGGGGCCAAGACUUCGGAAACGCAGAAGCCCGACAUGUUGAAAAUAAUCAUCCCUGAUAAGAAGGUGAAAGAUCCUGGAACCUGAUGAAGUGUGCAGUAUUAGGAGGGACCAAUUCAAGACAUUUACAAUGUACAAUAUACCCAAGAGUUCCGAGCAGCCCAUAAAAUAGAAAUAGACAUGAAGCGCCCCGUUUGAAUCGUACUUGAU